UCUGUUGCACUCACUGAGAACCUAAUUGACCCUAACUGGCCAUUGUGUGAUUCUACAGAAGCAGCGCUGCAUAGUCUUUUGAGAGCACUCACUAGUGAGACAUACGAUGACCCCACACAGCAUCUGGAGAGAGAACAAGCCCUUGCCAAACAGUUCGCUGAGAUCCUGCACUUCACACUGCGCUUUGAUGAGCUCAAGAUGACAAAUCCUGCCAUUCAGAAUGACUUCAGUUAUUACAGGAGGACCCUGAGCCGCAUGAGGAUCAAUAACGUUCCUGCAGAGGGAGAAAACGAGGUGAAUAAUGAACUGGCCAACCGGAUAUCUCUAUUUUAUGCUGAUGCCACACCCAUGCUAAAGACAUUAAGUGAUGGCACAACAAAAUUUGUAUCUGAGAAUAAAAACUUGCCCAUUGAAAACACAACAGAUGUAUUAAGCACCAUGGCGAGCGUGUGCAAAGUUAUGUUGGAAACUCCAGAGUAUCGCAGCCGCUUCAGCAGUGAGGAGACCGUUUCCUUCUGUCUGCGGGUCAUGGUGGGGGUCAUUAUCCUCUACGACUACGUCCAUCCCGUCGGCGCAUUCGCGAAGUCCUCCAAAAUAGACAUGAAAGGCUGCAUUAAAGUGCUCAGAGAUCAGCCACCAAACAGUGUAGAAGGUCUUCUAAAUGCUCUCAGGUACACAACAAAACAUCUUAAUGAUGAGUCAACCACUAAGACCAUUAAAAGCAUGCUGCAGUAGCAACAAAACUCUGGGACACACCACUGGCCUCAAGCAGAUGCUCAGGAGAUGCACAUACCUGUACACUCUCUCUCCUGGACUAAAGCGAUGCACAGAAUGUUUUUCCUUUUUUUUUUUUAUUAAACCGGAAAAAAAUCAGACAAAAGCUUCUAGAAUCUUUCCUUGUCUUUUUACAAAGCAGAUGCUACUGGCGUUAUGUGUGGUUUUCUGUGCCAAAAUGGUUUUGCUGAAAUCCCUUGUUUUUAAUGUUCCUGAAAGACAGCCAUGAUACUGAUGGCAGCUAUGAAAGCAUUGUUAGAUUAUAUUUGUGGUAAAUGUUUCCCUAUAAAGGGAGGGUGAGUGUUUUGACUUGAAUAUAAAAUAUCUAUAUAUUAUCUAUAUGAUCUAGAUACAAUUAUAUAAAAAAGAGAGAAGUAUAUUAUUAUUUUUUUUGAAUGAAUAUUUAAUGUUACAUCCACUGCAUGGCAAAUUGAUUACAUGUCUUCUAUUUAAAAGAAAACUAUUGUUUCAAAUUCAUUUGAAUGCUUAAUUUUGUGUAAAGGAAAAGGUGUUUAAAUUAUG